AUGUCGUCGUCCGCGAAACCAGUCCAUCGCGCUUGGUGGAAAGAGUGCUCGGUGUAUCAGAUCUGGCCAGCAUCAUUCAAAGAUUCGAACGAUGACGGUAUCGGUGACAUUCCAGGAAUAAUUUCUCAACUCGACUAUAUUAAGAACAUUGGGGUGGAUAUCGUCUGGCUAUGCCCCUCGUACAAGUCCCCGCAGGUUGACAUGGGCUACGAUAUCGCCGAUUACUACAGCAUCGCCGACGAGUAUGGUACGGUCGCAGAUGUCGAGGAGUUGAUUCAGGGUUGUCAUGAGCGUGGAAUGAAGCUUCUCAUGGAUCUGGUGGUUAACCACACUAGUGACCAGCACGAGUGGUUCAAACAGUCUCGGAGCUCUCGAGACAACGAGUACCGGAACUGGUAUAUCUGGAAGCCAGCCAAGUAUGAUGAGCAGGGCAAUCGUCAUCCUCCAAACAACUGGGUUUCCCACUUCCAAGGUAGUGCUUGGCAGUAUGACGAACUCACCGAUGAGUACUAUCUGCAUCUGUACGCCACCGAGCAGCCGGACCUUAACUGGGAGCAUCCUCCAGUACGCAAGGCAGUCCAUGAUAUUAUCCGUUUCUGGCUCGACAAAGGUUGCGAUGGAUUCCGGAUGGAUGUAAUCAACUUCAUCAGUAAAGACCAGGCAUUCCCAGAUGUACCAGUCAAAGAUCCGCGAACCCCCUGGCAAUUUGGAGACAAGUAUUACGCCAAUGGGCCUCGUCUACACGAGUACUUGCAAGACAUUGGCAAGAUCCUCAAGGAAUACGAUGCUUUCAGCGUCGGCGAAAUGCCUUUUGUCAAGGACGAGAAAGAGGUACUUCGAGCCGUGCAAUUCGAUCGCAACGAGAUCAACAUGAUCUUUAACUUUGAGCAUGUGGACCUUGACCACGGUGAAUUCGAUAAGUUCGAGCCGGGCAGUUGGAAGUUGACGGAUCUCAAAGACUUCUUCCAGCGAUGGCAGACCUUCAUGUAUGAGAACGACGGUUGGAAUGCUCUCUAUUGGGAGAACCAUGACCAGCCACGAUCAAUUGAUCGCUACACUAAUGCUGACGAGGAGCACCGUGUUAUUGCGGCCAAGAUGCUUGCAAUUGCACUGGCCUUGCAGUCUGGCACACCCUUUGUGUACCAAGGACAAGAGCUUGGGAUGCGCAAUGUUCCUGCCUCAUGGGGCAUCGAAGAGUACAAGGACAUUGACUGUCUGAAUCAUUGGAACAGAUUGAUCAAGAGUAAGCACUUUGAUACCACAGCCCAACAAACAGCCCUUCGAGAGUACCAGAAAAAAUCCCGCGACAACGCACGAACUCCAGUUCAGUGGACCGACGAUCCUAAUGGCGGCUUCACUGGUCCCAAUGUCAGACCCUGGAUGUCCGUGAACGAUAACUACGUCAAAGUUAAUGCCGAAGCGGCCGUGAAAGACCCCAAUUCUUCCUACCACUUCUGGGCAUCUGUGCUUAACCUGCGCAAGAAGCACCUGGACCUUUUCGUUUAUGGAGAUUGGAAGAUCGUGGAUGCGCCCAGCCAGGAGGUGUUUGCUUAUUCUCGCCAGUACGAGGACCAUAAGGCUCUGAUCCUCUGUAACUGGACUGAUCACAGUGUUACCUGGGAUGCGCUGAGCAACGGAAUCUGCGCGGUCAAGUGUGUGCUCUUGAAUAACUACGAACGAUCGGCGGAGGCAUCGAAGCGCUUCACCGGGGGCAAAUAUGCUCUUCGACCGUAUGAGGCGUUUGUCCUUCUUGCCGCACUUAUCCACCGGUUCCCCGCAAUCGAUAAGAAUACUGGGCAAACCUCCGUCCCAGCACACCUGGACCCAUCCACCUACCCACGCACCCACUACGAUGCCACCCAAAACAUCCACCUCACACUGACCUACUCCCCGCUCGACCCCAACACGUACCUGACGCAAACAUCCUCCCCCGCCGCAGGAGCAAACACUCUCUUCCUCGGUACGACACGCGAUACCUUCGAGGGCCGCUCCGUCUCGCAAUUAAGCUACACUACAUAUCCACCCCUCGCGCUGAAGACGUUAACGGCGAUUGCGGAGGAUGCCGUCAACAAACACCAGCUCAACGGUGUGAGUAUUGCGCAUCGUCUUGGGGUUGUGCCUAUCGGAGAGGCUUCUAUUGCGAUUGCCGUUAGUGCGGGACAUCGGGCUGCGGCUUGGAGGGCGGGGGAGGAGAUUUUGGAGGCUUGUAAGGAGAAGGCGGAGAUUUGGAAGAGGGAGGAGUUUGUUGAUGGGGGGAUGGAGUGGAGGGCUAAUGCGGAUCGGGAUGCGGAGGGGAAUUUGGUUAAGAAGGAUGGGUCUUGA